AUGUCACUCGUCGUCUCUCUGCUCCUCGCUCGGCCGGGCGGCGACUCGGGUGGUGCAGAGGCGCCGCCGCUGCGCGUGCGUGCGCACGAGGCGGCGCUGGAGCACGCCUGCCGUCGCCGCCACGGCCCGACGCCCGGGGCCGUACGUCGAGUCGGACAAACAUUUGGCGAGAGCCAACCGAGCAUCUUCACCGAGCAUCAUCGGAUCGACCCGCUCUCCUGCAACGAGCCGCGGGAGGGAGACUCGUACGAUCCGGCUCGAGCGGCGGCGCGUGGCGCGCACAUGCCCUGCUCGCCCGCGGCCGCUGAGGCACACCCGGCGAGAGCUACCUUUGCCCCCUCGGCGUCGUUUGCGAGACUCGCCUCACCGUCAUGCUGCGGGGGCGGCGGUUGGCUUGGGAGGCGUGAGAACCCCCCUCGUUGCGAACGCGAGCCCGGCGAGGGGGAGGAGACGAAGCGGAAGGCCAAGGCAGCGGCGUGCGACGCCAAAAACUGCGACUUUAUGACGUGGGCGGCGAGCACGCGCGGCGGCAUCGGGCACGAGGCGGCGACGUGGUUCAACACCAACUUCGACAUCAAGGCCGCUAAGGCGUCCUCCGACAGCGAACGAUGGCGGGUCAGUAGCGAGCGCAAGCGCUUCCUGCAAGUGCACUCGGCCAUCGUCGCGAGGCGCAACGCCGCCAUCUUCGACUACAACGCGUGGCCAAAGAUGGGCGGCGAGAUGCCGCGAGCGCCUCGAGAGCAGUACGAGUAG